AUGAGUUCGGGGGGUGCGGGACCGCUGGUCCCAACCUUCCAUGGCUUCGUCCACAACAGCAUGGACGGCCUCAUCCUGUUCGAAGCGUGUCUGAGCGGCAAGCUGCACCACGUCCCCCGCCGGCCUCACGAUCGCGAACGCAGCUCGCUCAUCAAGAGCGGCAGCAUCUUCAUCUACGAAGAGAACGCGUCGGGCAUCAAGAGAUGGACCGAUGGCGUCGCUUGGAGUCCCAGUCGCAUCCUCGGCAACUUCCUCAUCUACCGCGAGCUUGAGAAGCCCUUCCCGCCGGGCGAGAAGAAGCGCGCGAUGAAGCGCAAACGCGCCAGCAUGCCCGGUGAGCCCUACCCGCGCCGCGACUCGGACGACAACGAAGGCCCGGAGCAGAUCACACCCGAACUCGAACGGUCAUUAAUCGGCAGCUUGGUCGAUAGCUACGGCUUCCGCCCAGAUGGCCUGGUGAAGAAGACGAUGAGCAUAUCCCUCAACGGCAUCUCACACCACAUGGUUUCCUAUUACAAAGUCGAUGAUGUCAAGAACAACGUGCUGCCGCGGCCCAUGUCGGACCCGCGCCUGCAAAACAUCCAGGUCCGGCCCGAUCUCUACCUGAAGCAGAACUUCCGAGCACCGGUAGAGGAG